GUCCAGCUGCGGCCGGCUGGAGGUUCAGGGACUUCCUUGUCGCGAGCCCAGGCCUGGCGGGGUCCGGACUCGGAACUCCGCCGUCCUGCCCGGGACUGCUUGCCCGAGUGUAGGUCGCAGCCGUCAGUCAGGUUCAGAGCACAGGUCCUCUCCCCGCAUGCCCGGCGCUCGCUGACAUGCCCAACCCCAGCAGCGCCUCCUCUCCCUACUCCCUCCCUGAGGAGAUUAGGAACCUGUUGGCAGAUGUUGAAACAUUUGUAGCAGACACUCUGAAAGGGGAGAAUUUAUCCAGGAAAGCGAAGGAAAAGAGAGACUCCCUUAUUAAGAAGAUAAAAGAUGUAAAGUCUACCUAUCUUCAGGAGUCUCAGGACAAAGGUGAUGCGGAAGACGGGGAUGAAUACGACGACCCGUUCACUGGGCCUCUGGACACCGUGUCCUUAGCCUCGGAGCGAUGCGAUAAGGAUGACGAAGGCCCCUCCGAUGGAAAUCAGUUUCCCCCGAUUGCAGCGCAGGAUCUGCCCUUUGUCAUGAAGGCAGGCUACCUUGAGAAGCGCAGAAAAGAUCACAGCUUUCUGGGAUUUGAAUGGCAGAAGCGGUGGUGUGCCCUCAACAGGACGGUCUUCUAUUAUUACGGAAGUGAUAAAGACAAACAACAGAAAGGUGAAUUUGCAAUAGAUGGCUACAGUGUCAGAAUGAAUAACACUCUCAGGAAAGAUGCAAAGAAGGAUUGCUGUUUUGAAAUCUCUGCUCCUGAUAAACGCAUCUAUCAGUUUACAGCAGCUUCUCCCAAAGAUGCUGAGGAAUGGGUACAGCAGCUGAAGUUUGUAUUACAGGACAUGGAAUCUGAUGUGAUUCCUGAGGACGACGAUGAAAGAGGAGAAGUCUAUGAUGAUGUUGACCACCCCCUGCCGGCCAGCAGCCCACCAACCCACCACCAGCCGGUAGAUGAAGAGAUUUACGAAGAACUUCCAGAAGAGGAAGAGGAUGCCACUCCAGUGAAAACAGAAGAAGAAAGGAGGGCCAGUCAGGACAGUGUCCAGCUCGGUGCAGGAGAUAAAAGCACUGAUUAUGCUAAUUUUUAUCAGGGUUUGUGGGACUGCACAGGAGCGCUGGCUGACGAGCUAUCAUUUAAGCGUGGUGAUGUGAUCUACAUCCUGAGCAAGGAAUACAAUAGAUAUGGCUGGUGGGUAGGAGAAAUGAAAGGAGCCAUUGGCUUGGUGCCUAAAGCCUACAUAAUGGAGAUGUAUGAUAUUUGAGAGUCCCGGGGAAAAAAAGUCAGCAUUAAGACUGAUGAAAAAAAAAAACAACAACAGAAAUGCAACUUUCUGUUUCUGCCUGCAGAAUACUUUGAAAUGAGAACAUCGUGGAGGCACGGAUGACGCAUCCUGGACCUCGCUGUGUUGGGCAAACAUUCCUCGACUGUUUGCGUGGUUGUUCAUUAAAACAUUCCCCCAGUGUGAAAUUAAGAGGGGGUAUUCAUGUAGAUUAGAUAAAAGCAGUGAAGUUAUACUUGUUGCUAUUUUGCAAAGAAAUAAUUACAGUUUGUAAUCUGCCCGUUGGUUUGUGUGAGGUUAGGAAUCCGUCGCUGCUUCGUGUUACACUAGAAUCUCUGCACCUCCUGUGUCAGCCAUACUUUCUCUUAAUCGUUGGAUAUGCUUUAGUGUGUAAUCUGCAAUUUCAAAGAAAUUUAAAUUUUAUGGAUAAAGCAACUUUUUGGUAGACGCCAAAGAAUUGGCAUCUAUUGGCAUUUUGUAGCUGAUUUAAAAAAAUUUUUUCUGCAAAAUAUUAGCAUGUCUUCACAAAAGCAGUUUUAUAAAUUGGUGAAGUUACAUCCUACCAAAGAGAGCCGUAAGAAAGAACAGAGUGCUAGGGUCGGUGUGGUGCUGUUACCUGCCGUUCAAGUGCAUGGUGGAACCGGGGCUGGUCUGUGCAGAGCUUCACCGAUGACACAUGAUGGGCUCGCCACCAUUUCCUGCUAGAGUUCUGCUUAUGUUGAAAGCAAUAAAAAUGUUUCUAAGAGACACUAUCCUACUAAUAAAAUAUCCUACUAAUAAAAUAUCCUACUAAUAAAAUAUUAGAAAGAAUCAACUCAGGGAAGGCGUACCCCAGCAUUUGUUUACCCUGCCUCCAUACUGUUGUGCUGUAAGAAUCCUGUCGUGAAUCAGUGCACUGGCAUCUACCGCAGUGCUGACCUGUGCCAGCAGGUGGGAGGCGGGCACAGCCCCACAUUUGGGCUCCAGGGGGCUGUGCUGCCUAAGCAAGUCUUACAGCAGGGCCUUCUCCAGCACUUUUGGAAUCAGAGGUUGUGUAAGUUCAUGCUUAGCCGUUCACAUCAUCAUCUCACAGUACACACUGGUGACCAGAGCUCUGCUUCAUAAAGGUUGUGACCGUGCGAAUGAGCUACUGAUGUUUUAAACCUCAAGUAUUUAUUUGAAGCUAUUAACAAGCAGUAAUCCAGACUGUCCAUUUUAGCAUUAUAUACCAUUAGCCCCGUGGCUAGUUUCAAAUGUAAAAAACCAAACAAAACACACCCAAAUCUCAGGGAUGGGAAGUAAAUUCAUUUAUGUAUGUGGACAUUGUCAGGUUAGAGUUUUCUGAGAUCCAUCUGUUCAAGGAACCUUGUCCCUUUAAGGCACCACUGAAAUACAGUGAACCCAUCCAGGCUCAAGUCAGACUGGCGAAGCCCCUGCAGGUGGAUGCCUUUCCUGCUUCCGGGUUCACAGGGGUGUUCCGCACCAGGCCAGUAGAUGGCAGCAGCUUUUCAUCGCUCGCAAAACCAUUUGCAGCCCCUCCCCCACACAGAUUCAGCUUGGCCCAGAAGGUAAAGCAGAGUAGAUUCCUGCCUCGUUUUGCAGUUAAUCCAGGAGAGGGAGUCCUUCGCCAAUGGAUGCCCGGUGAUUCCAAGGCAACCAGGCUCUGGGGACAGGGACAGUACAGAAAGCAGGUGGUACUUGGGCCCAGAGCUCCCCUGGCCUUUGUUCUCUAUAAACCCGAGGUUAGGUGGGAGAUGCCCGAGGGGAAACAAAAGAUGUCCAGCUGGACUGACGGAGAAUAACCUUGGCCUAUGACUCCUUUAUCUUCGCAGAGGGGAAUCAGCCACAAACUAACAGGGAGAAAGUUUUCUUUGCACCCUUGACAACAUAUCACACACACUCGUCACGAUCAUAAUAAUGUUAUUAAUGUGAAGUCAGGCAACACAGCUUGUUAAAAAAAUAUGCUAAUUGCUAUGUGCUCAUUAUGUUUGCUUAGCAUUUAUUUGUUUUCUUGCGAACAGUUAGCUCAUUUUUUUCCAAAGGUGAUUGUGAGUCAUAUUUUAUAUAGCAUUUUGCUUGAUUAUUUGCUCAGUACUGAAUUUGUACUGCAUUGCCAUUAGAUCUUACAAUAAUGUUCCACUCUGCAAAUUUUUAAGGUUCAAAUAAAGUUUAAUUGUUUGCAAA